AUGGAUGCAUUUGGCAUUGAGUAUCAUCUCGAGACUCCUCAGCAAUUCUGGCUGGAGAUUUCCGAUAUAUUGAACGUUCCUAGAGACGCUACGCUGGCCGAAUUAGAUGCAAUUUUGCGCAUCUUCAUCUCAUUCUGUGCCACUUAUCAUGAACGCUACCUUUCUACGUUAGCUCAGCUAGAACACUCUUGUCAGCUCCUACUCGACUCCGACUUCUUCACCUUUCAUUCCGGACGAUCAUGCGACUUGCUCCUCGAGGACGCUCACAAGAGCACAGACCCACAUCAGCUAUUCAUCCUUUAUAACGUGUUCCUGUGUUGGGGAUCGCGACAUCCCCCCUUUUUCCGAGCAGAAAAGCGGUGGAGACCUUUACUAGGACAUCUCAUGGACCACCUCACUAUCGAGAUUGGCGAUGCCUCGGCGAAUUUCAUUGAAGGGAAAUUGGCACUAUUGGCCUGCGAGAUGCUAUACGAAAUAUGUCGAGUCCAAAAAUGGAGUUUUGCUGAACUCAAGGUCUUCAAGGAUUCAUUCAUUGAACACUUAUUCGAAGUUAUCGAGUCCACACGCUCCAGCGAGACCCUGAAUUAUUCCUUAAUAAAGCUCAUUGUCGCUUUGAACGAGCAAUUCAUGGUAGCGUCACUGGGAAAAGGGAUCCGGAGUGCAGAUGACGUGCAACAGGAAAAUCGCAUUAUCUCGAUUCUCAUGAAGCGACUGAACGAGAGCAAAACAUUCAGCGAGAACCUCAUAUUCAUGCUAAAUCGAAUCGAUGAAACCGAGGAAGACCGCUGCUUGGAGCUCCUGAUUUUGAAAAUGCUCUAUCUGCUAUUCACUACACCGGGCACACAAGAAUGCUUCUAUACCAAUGACCUUCGCGUCCUUGUAGAGGUAUUUAUCCGAGAACUGAAUAACUUAUCCGAUGAUCAACAAUCACUUAAACAUACGUAUCUCCGCGUUUUGAACCCAUUGCUUAACAACACGCAGUUGCGAAAAAAUCCCCACAAGCCCCUGCUAGUUCGCCACACAUUGGACAAUUUUAUCUCCCACGCACAAAUACGAGACAUAGAUCCCACCACUCGGAGGCUCGUCGGCCGAUGUCUGUCUGCCGAAUGGACGAAAUCCGUUGCUCCACCAACGCCAACAGUGAGCACUCCAACAGUAGAUCAAGAUGCUACGAGCGUGGAUUUCUGCAGUACGCAAACAGGUCCUCCCGCCCAAAUCCCUUUUACAAACGGGUCGAAUCAAGCGGUCAUGACCAAUGGGCCACGCCAUCUCCAAGACAGAAGUAUCCCACCCAGAAUGGUAACCAGAAGUGCGAGCGUUGAGCUCCUGUCUACAGCCAGCCUUGAAGAAGCAAGUGGAUUAGUGUCAGACUUGGACAUGCAGGGCCAUACACGGCGCCGAGCGUCAAUUAGACGAACUCCGUCUAAAAGGAAGAUGGCCCUGAAGGCACGGCCUAGUUCGACAUUGAAUUUCCCAACUCUCGACGUUGAGAGGGACAACGACGGCACAGCAUCUCUCCCCCCGUCGCCGCUGUUUACAACGAACACGAGAGGAAGCAUCCGAAGACGUCAAAGUCCCUUCUAG